AUGAAUACAGAAAAUGUGGUUCGUUUACCCAAUGUCAUUCUGAGUGAGGGUCUCAUAACCAUAGUAAAAUUAUUUACAUUUUUAAUAAAAAAGAAAAUCAUUUCUGAAGACCUUACAAUGGGAGUUUUUCUCUUCUCCCNGAUUACAAUGGGAAUGAUUGGCAAUUCUUCCAUACUGCUUUAUUAUAUCAUUUUGAAUUUCACUAGAAAACAUUUAAUGCCCAAAGACUUGAUUNUAGAGCACUUGAUUUUUGCCAACUUCUUGUCUAUCAUCUCAAGAGGUAUUCCAAAGACACUGUCAGCUUAUGGAUUUAAAGANUUCCUGGAUGAUAUUGGAUGUAAAUUAAUAAACUAUAUUUACCGAAUAACAAGGGGAAUNUCCCUGUAUGCAAUGUGCCUCCUGAGUUGUUUCCAAGCUAUCACAAUCAACCCCAGCAAUUCCAGGCAGAUGAUAAUUAAACACAAAGUCACCAAGUACAUUGGUCCUUCCUGCACAGUCGGGUGGCUUGUGCAUCUCUUUCUAAAUGUCUUAACUCCAGCAAGAGUGUCAGGCCCNAGGUACAACAAAAAUGNNAGUAUGAGGAUCAGUUAUGAAUACUGCUCAUGGUUUGCUUCUGGAAAUGUGGGAACUAUACUGUAUAUGUUUUUACUGAGCUUCUCAGAUGGACUGUGUCUAGGUCUAAUGGCCUCAUCAAGUACUUACAUGGUGAGUCUCCUCUACAGACAUAAGAGGAAAGUCAAGCAUAUCCAUAGUUCUCAGCACUUUCUAAAUGUCUCACCUGAAAACAAAGCCACCCAAACUAUCCUCAUCCUGGUGUGCAUGUUUGUCAUAUCUUACUCAUUCUCCUCCAUUUUAAUCAUCUUUACAACCUACUCCAAAUAUCCAAUGCUAUGGGAAGUAAGCAUAUUUACAUUUCUAGAAAUAUGNUUUCCUAUAUUUUGCCCCAUUGUUCUCAUUAGAAAUAUGAANCCUAGUUUUUCCCUGCUUUUACCCUGUUUUGUUAAGAGAUAG